AUGUCCAAAUCGGCAUCUGGCCUCCUCGCUUUGCCUCCCGAGAUCCUAGAGCGAAUCCUUGUCGAAUCCGACCCUCUAGAUGUGGCCGCGAUCGCACAAGCCUGCUCUGCACUCCGCAGGUUCAUAUACGAGCCAGCAGAUCAACAUCUCUGGCGCAGUCUCUAUCUCGCUCAAUCACUCGACGACCCGCGCGAGUGUCGCAACAAUCUCGGCGAGCCCUUGUCUGCUGACGUCGACUGGAGAGCGCGCCUUCAGCGGAUCAUCAGGGCGCGGACAGUGAUGGACGACCCGAGCAAGUGUCCACCGGACGAGCGUCACGCCGUCCUCCAAACACUCGUCGACCUCAUCUCCAACAUCCCCCCAACAGAGGAUGCCCUUUCCGAGGAUCCCGCAUUCAACCUCGCCUGGUUCGCGCGGGGAGGCCAUCUCCUGGACCAUCCAGCAUGGCUUACAGAGCUUCCGCCCAAGGAGGAGCAGCUCAAGUAUCGGCUGCACGCGCACUUUGGGCUGACGAACCGCGACUAUCGCCCCACGCGCCGCACUGAAUCCCGGGCGUACGUCUAUGCAAUGCGCAACUACCGAUGGGACAACGAGUUUGGCCCGUUCGCACAUGACGGGAGCGGGCGGGUGAACUGGCAGCAUGUGUGGGCCGUCCAUCACGUCAUGUCGAUGCAUAUCCUGCCUCAGCGGGACCUGGACAGAACGACGCUGCAGCUGUUCGUCGUAUAUCCAUUGAGCCUACCAUUUUGCCAAAGUUCUAUUCCGCGCAGCUUGGACUUGAACAAGGAGCCGGACUGGGCGGGCGUCAAGGGCACUUGGCAGUGCUCGUUUUGUUUCUGUGAUCAUCGCGAUCUUCUUGUGUACAAUUACAAUCACUUUGACCACUCCGAUACAGGUCCUAUGCAUACUGCCAUCUUUGACGACCCUGACUUUGUGGAGAUCUUCCGCUGCAUGGACGUCGAACUCCGCGUCAUCUCGACAGAGGCCGACCCUAAUCAUCCGACGCGACCGAAAAUCAACUUCGUGGGUACCGCGAACACCAACGCUACGAUGGUCGGGUAUGUCAAGAUUACUCCCGAUAACCAAAUUCGCUGGCAUUUUAAAUCGGGUGAACAUGGCCUUGCGGUAUGGAGCUCUGAAGGCAUCCAGGUUGGUGGUGUCCGAUCAAGUUUUGGAGUCCUGGGUGCAUGGACUACGGUGCAGCACGAUAGGCACGAUCCUGUCGGUGCGUUCUUUGAUUAA